AUGGUCGGCUCCAUUGUCACUGUCUCCUUGCUCUUUGCGGCAAGUGCUGCUGCACAACGCACCUUCGUGGUGUAUAACGGCUGCCCCUUCACGAUCUGGCCAGCUAUUUUCACCGGCUCAGGCACUGCAGUGCCAGAUUAUGUUACUGGCUGGGAGGCAGAUGCAUACACUCACGUCACAUUUUCGGUUCCCGAUGACUGGACUGCCGGCCGCAUUUGGGGUCGUCGCGACUGCGACUUUUCCAUAUCAGACCCCGCUACGCAGUGUGCAGAUGGCGGCUGCAAUGGAGGCCUCGAGUGCGACACGGUCGGCGGAACUGGUAUUCCGCCCGCCACGCUCGCUGAGUUCACUUUGGGGCAAAACGGUGAUCCAGAUUACUAUGAUGUCUCGAUUGUGGAUGGCUACAACCUUCCCAUGAGCAUUACAAACAAUGUCGGCUGCGGCGUUGCUGACUGCCCGGUCGACCUUGGCCCUGACUGUCCUGCUGCUCUCAUCGGUCCAUAUGACUCUUCUGGCUAUCCUGUCGGCUGCAAGAGUGCCUGCGAAGCCGACUUGGACGGCGACCCAGAGAACUCUCCUAAUUGCUGCACCGGAGAGUACGACACCGCCGCUACCUGCCCGUCCUCUGGCGUCGAGUACUACUCCUACUUCAAGGACAAUUGCCCGAACUCCUACGUUUAUGCUUACGACGAGAGCAGCGGCACCGCUCUCUGGACCUGCGCUUCUGACCUCUCAGCUGACUACACGAUCACAUUCUGCCCUGAUUCCAGCGAAGAUAGCACGGUCUCCAUCAUUCUGUGA